CUGUUCAUUGCAGGGGAGUUGGACUAGAUGGCCUUUAAGUGUCCCUUCCUAUUCAAACAAUUCUAUUAAGUCCAUUCCUACCAGACCCUUCCUACCUUACACUCUUGAAUUUGCAGUGCUUCAUGCCAAACCCAUAUAGGCUGACAACAAUUUAAAAGAAGAGGUGAAUAUUAAUGAAAAGUAGAAUGUGCACCAAAAAAAUAGCAUUUAGCAUAAGGAUUAUCUGGGUCUAAGACGUACAGCAGGAUUUUGUUCUGCAGUCCAGCUGAUCGAGCAGGUGCUGGAUACCACGAGAAGCCUUUUUUCCUGUCUCCAUGCAGAGGAUUUAUGUUAAGAAAUGCAGUUAAAGUGUCAGCACUAAAUCACCUAAAUUCCUUGAGAUAAAUUAAAACGCAGCUGACCCAACAAAAAGCACACAUAAAGGAUGCUGGGUUUUGUCAAUCCAGCAGGGGGAAAAGACCACAGGAGACUCCAGCCAGGCAAGGAGAGAACUCUGAAAUAAUGAGAAAAAUAGGCAGAACUAUAACUUCAGAGGGUGAAAGCAUGAUACUACUCUUCAAGUGCCAGCUUCCUCCAUGGAACAGCUGCUGGGUCUCCCCCAUCGUACCCUGGGGACAAUCCUUGCUCCUUUCUCACUGCACUACAUAUCAGUGCACCACAGGGUCUCUCUCUGUGGAGACGAGCUGCUGCUGACCUGGUCUCAGGGUCCCCAGGCUAGAGGGCUGUAGGGGAGUUUGCCUUUAACCACUGGGUUUCAGCAGUCUACAGCAAUGUAUUUUUGCCUUGCAACUAAUCUCAACCAUUCUGUAGGUGCGUGUUUUUAAAUGUCAAGAGCCACUCUCUUACACCUCUUAAGGAUCCCUUGUGCCAAUUCUGCUCAAAUAUUACAUUCUAGAGCAGAAUAAUUGUCCCCUAAAAUAUCAGUAAAAUGAGAACUGAGCCCUGUGGAAAAGCUGAUUAUGGAGAAUGGUAAUCUUAAAGCCUUUGUGGGAUCAGAUGAAUAUGGUAUUCAUGCAAAGUGUUUUGCAGUGGGAUAUGUUAUACAGCCUGAGUUAAACUUGCGUUACACUUGUACUGCAGUUGCUGACAUAAAAUAAUACCCUUCUAUGAGAACCAACUCUAAAAAGCACAUUUAAUGAGAACGAGCACUCCAAAUAUCCUGGAAAUAUAUAUGCAAUUCAUGAGAUCACUAAUGGCAUUUAGCACAGCUCAUUAGCUCUCUGGGCCUGAGUAGCACUGAGCAUAGCAUGGUAUCACCUAAAUGUCAAGAGUGUCUGAUGAAUAAGCCAGGCAGCCUGUACAUGCCACCGAGUGCGGAGGGAAAGCAUCCCUCAUUCAAGAGCUGAGCAGAUCUGCAGCCUCUCCAGCUCAGUGCUCAUAAAAUUCCUCUGCAUGGCAAGACAACCAGUGUCCCACAUCAAAGCUAGAAUGGGAUGAAGCAAUUUCUCUUUCCCUCUAGUAUCUGGAAGAAAAGAUGGGGCUCCCAGGUCAAAGCGAAACGUGCCCAUGACUCUGGUUGCAUGUGUUGACUGAACCAGACCCAGACUGCUGCUGUGGGGCUUUCAGUAAGGCUGCCUGGAAUUUCCAUCCUCUGGAAGUACUACUGUGUUUGGAGAAAAAGAAGAAGAACUAAAGAAACACCUGCAGAAAAUCUGAUACAAAAAUAAACCAAGUAUUUGGAACAAACCAGAUUGUAUUCUACAGCUGGCUAUGAGUCUUUGGGUCUAUUAAAAAAAAAAAAGUCAUAAUUCUCUGGCAACAGCAAAUCAUUCUAGCAGACAAUUCCCCAUUCCUUCCUAUGUUAGUUCUUGGGAUUUUUUCCCUCAAAUAGAAACCUAAAACAAAAAGUAUUGCACAACUGGACUAAGGAGUAAAAGAAUGCCGCUCUUGAGCCAUAAGUACACAGGCAUUGAGUUGAUGCCACCUGAAUCAACAGAGAGUGCAGCAGAUGGGGAUUUUAACAUGGUUUGUGCAAUUAAUCAUUAAUUUAUUUUUUAAAGCCAUCACCAUGAAUCUUCCCAGAGCAGACUGCUACUCUGCCUGUUAUGAAUCACUCAGCCAGUGCAGGAUGAGAUCAUUAUCAUUUCAGUUAGCAUUUCUGAGGCUGCCAAGCAUCCCUUGAGUGCUUCCUGCAGACCCAAAGCAUGGGGCAGCAGUAAAGAGUGUGGCUGGCUGCAAGCUGAGACUCCAUGCCAACACACAGAGUGGAAAUCGUGGAUUGCUGCUGUGCUGCCAUUGCCAGUGCCUUGGUCGCACUGGGAAUUUCCUCCUCCUUUUGAAAAUUCCCACACUGUAAAGUCCAAGGACACAGCACAAAGACUGUGAGGCAACUUAUGAAAAAUAAGGAUUUUCUCUUACCAUUUUUUCUUUUUGGUGUAAUUUCCUGCCUGUUUUAUUGAAAUAACAAUGACAUCAGAGGCAUGAUGUAGCAAUAGGGCAAAGGGAAGCAGCUGAGAGCCAGAGAGCCAGCAACACAUUUGUGUGGAAGAAAGGGAAAGGAAUGGAGUGAAGGGGAAUUCAUGAAUUACUUGGCAAGAAAAGUACUCUAUCUUCUCCUAUCCCUGCCAUCAGGCGUGAGCAUCACUUCCCUGAGAGCCCUCUGGCCUGUGAAGGAUGCCAAAAGAGAAAGAAAAAACGCAGCAACUACAUGAAUAUUUUCACUUCCUAAAGUGGGUGACAGAAAUUCCCCCCAGGUCAUAUGAUCUUUGCUGAAGCUGCACCAGGAAGAGCAGCAGCAGCCAGCGAGUACAGGGCGUCUCCAUACAAAAGCCUCUGCUGCCUGAGCCAGAGGUCAGAGCAGCUCAGGGAUGUGCAUGCGAAUGCAUGCAUACGUACUAAGGCGAGGUGCAAACAUCCUCCCAGCCGGAUUGCCUCUUGCACAACCCUGAUUCCGUGCAAACUGGCGGACCUUUUAUUUUCCCUCCACCACUCCACUUCAAGCAUGUAUCCAGAGCAGAACUUCUGAGAACGCCACUUCCUCCAGCACAUCUCUCGGAAAACAGCUCUCCUCUCUCCCUGAUUAGAGGUGGCCAUCUGCACCAUGGUGAGGAUGUUGGCAAUGAGAACAUGGGUUGAGCCGGUGGUCGCAGGCUCCCAGGUGGCCAGUGCCUUCUAUGACACAGCGCUGCUGCUGGUGGUGAAGAACUUCUACAACCAGACCAAUUCAACUGCCCCUUCCCACGUACUGGAAGACGCUCAGCAGAAGGCUGUCUCUAAUUUUUAUAUCAUCUACAACCUUGUCCUGGGUCUGAGCCCGCUGGUGUCAGCCUAUGGCUUGUCCAAGCUGGGAGAUAAGGUGCAUCGGAAGAUCCCCAUCUGCAUCUCGCUUCUUGGCUAUUUGGGCUCCAAAUCUCUCCUGCUUCUCCUGAUCCUGCUGGACUGGCCGAUUGAGGUGAUGUAUGGGGCUGCAGCCUUCAAUGGGCUGACAGGCGGCUUCACCACAUUCUGGGCAGGCAUCAUGGCUCUGGGAUCCCUAGGCUCCUCUGAGAGCAGGAGGUCUCUGCGGCUCAUCAUUAUUGAGAUGGUGUAUGGCCUUGCAGGCUUUCUGGGAAGCAUGGCAUCUGGCUACCUCUUUGUUGGCUUCAGCUAUCACUAUCGAGAGGGCACUGUGCUGGUGAGCUGCAGCAUUGCUUGCUAUGCUUUCUGUCUCCUCUACAGUGCUUUUGUGCUGACAGUCCCCAAGCCAGCAGCUUCCAGCCCAGCCAAAGCCAAGAGUGUAGAGGAGGCUGGCGGCCAGCUACCAGCCCACACAGGAGGAGCAGAGAGUGCCCAUCCUUCAGAGAGCAGCAGCCAAACUCCAGUAACACCCUCAAAACUAAUCAUCAUUAUGCUUUUUGUGGCAGCGAUCUUCUAUGAUCUUGCCGUGGUUGGUGCAAUGAAUGUACUUCCACUCUUCUUGAUCAGGGAGCCUUUGAGUUGGAAUGCCGUGGAGAUUGGCCAUGGCAAUGCUGCUGGGUACGCGAUUUUCAUCACCAGCUUCCUGGGGGUACUUGUGUUCUCCAAGUACUUUAAGGACAUUACCAUGAUCAUGAUCGGAGUGGUGUCAUUCAGUGCUGGCAUCCUCAUCAUGGCCUUCGUACGGUGGACUUUCCUGUUCUACAUAGCUCGAGCAGUGAUGCUCUUUGCCCUCAUCCCCUUACCAACCAUCAGGUCCAUGUUGUCCAAGCAUGUUGAAGGAUCAUCCUAUGGUAAGGUGUUUGUCCUGCUGCAGCUGUCCUUAGUUGUCACGGGAGUAGUGACAUCCACGGCCUACAACAAGAUCUACCAAAGCACACUGAACUGGUACAGCGGCUUCUGCUUUGUUCUGUCUUUCCUGGCUGGCUGCCUGUGUCUCCUCCCACUAAGUAUUGUGGCCAUCAAACAACAUUCAAGCACCGGUACUUUUCAGAUUCUGACCAAGUGACAGAAGCUGUACCAUCUAACACAUCUUUUAGUCUCAAUCAAUUCUUUGAGGAAGUGGAAGGUCUGCCAAACAUUUGCCCCUAUAAUUAGCUUCAUUACAGGAAGCAUCUCGUCUACAUCUUCACCUCAUAGCAUGCCACUCUCAGCCACUGAGCUCACCCAGGGCAAAAAAGCUUGCCUUGUUAUUUCUGCAGUACAUCAUCAUGCAGAGUGAUGUAUGCACUGGCUGUAAGACACCGGCAGUGUUCCGAGCAUCUUCUUUUCAUUCCAGGCUACUUAGCAAUAGUGCAGAUGGACAAGAAUAGGGCAGAAAUUGAAGGGGUGUUUCCAAGCACAUCAUCCAACUUAAAAGGGGAAAGCAGUGGAAUGGCCACAGUUCUCCAUUAGUUUCUUCUUGUCCUUCAAUUCUGAAACCUCAGGGCAGUUCUGUGACUUUGUCUUACAUGGCAGAGGUCCAGAAGAAGCACAUUGGGAGUGCACAGUGGUCAGCAGGAUGACCCUAGUUUCUAAAACACUACAGACAAGAGUAAAGAUGACUGAUGUUAUAAAGAAAAAUACACAAACGCCAUAGUGAAAACAAAACCCAUAACAUUAAGGUACAGUUUUUGUAAUCUCUACAAUAAAAUACUUCUUGUUACAUGUUCAUGCUCUUCAUUUCUGAGACUGCCAUGGUAGUGCAAUGAGCUUAUGGGAAGACACCUAUGACUCAGUACCUGGUGUUUCAUCUCACAGCACCAGGUUGUACUGCUCUUGUAGCAGGUCAAGAAUGGGCGAGUGAAGGUCACCACCCCUACAGAUUUUGUGGAGGUGGAGGACUGCCAGCACCAGGCAGCAUUCAUCUUGUAAGCCCAGCCUCAUGCUGGCCAUGCUCCAGCUGAAAGGAACCACAUGCAGUGUGCCAGUUCUCAUCAGAUGUUAUCAGCUAAAUCCAAACAAGCCUCAGAAGACUGGCACGCACUAGAAGGAUCUGUGUUUGGACUAUGUUCCCACUUACAUGCCAACUGAAUUAACAAGGAUUAACUGGCUUCCAGGCUCCUAGACAAUUUAAAAGCUCUUCAGCACCUGUAAUAACCAGGAGGUAAGUCAGGCAGCCCCAGUUUGAGACAGGGAUGUGGCAAGCAGAAAUUGAUUACUCACUAAGCAGCUCUCCCAUUCUGAGCAAACUGCUGCCAUCCCUGUCCUACCACCCCCAGCCCUCACAGCCUUGCCGCAGCUCCAGCCUUUGCUUUCUGGUUGUACCAGUUAUCCACAGCAACAGACAGCUGACACUCAGUUAAAUCAGCAACUGAAUGAGCUUUUAUGGGAGAGGUAUUUCUGUAGUAUGAUAAUAGGUAAAGUACGGUAAAACAGGUAAAGUGCCCAGUAAAGUAAGUGCACACAUCACAUUUCAGUGAAGAAGGUGACAAAAAAUGAAACAUCAAAUUCUACGUAAAGGACUCAUCUUUAAAUACGUUUAUUGGUCCAUUCCAUCAAAUUGAGGUAAACAAGUGGUGCAUUUAAAAAAUGUACACACUAAUAGGGAACUACAAACAAUUUUACCUCAGUGUUUCUCUCAUCAGUAUUAGUUCCAUAGUAAACAAUGAACAUAGUACGAGGGCUGUUCUGAAAGUAAUGCCUCCUUUUUUAUGAUGUUGGCCCACAACAUCAGAGGCAGAUGGCAGUGGUAUAGCAGUAGGGGUGGAACCUUCCCACCAAUAUCCAUUGCAUCUGUUGCCACGUGACAGAUGGCAGCAGAGGGGCACUCUGACAAAAUGGAGUCUGACAUGGAAGUGUGGAUAAAGCAAAGGUGUGUAAUUGCACUCC